UCGGGAAUUGCGGUACGGUAUAUAUACUGCGAUAACUUAUAUAUAUAUAUUGUGCUUUAGUACGGCAAAGUAACGGCUACAUUUUUCUCGACAUUCCGCGAGUUUUAGUUUUUUGGACACUAAUUCUUUUGGUGAGACGAGACACCAUGGAGUCCGCAAUUGAGCAUCUCGAAGAAAGCGUGGAAAGAGCCGAUGGAAAGCUGGACAUGAUCGCGUGGCAAAUAGACGCUUUCGAAAAGGAAUUUGAGGAUCCUGAAAAUGAGAGACCGAUUUGUCUGGUGACCAUGCGUUUCCUGAUACUUGGUCUGACGUUAAUCGUAAACCUGCUAGUCGUUAGAAAAGUUUCUGCCCAUGGAAGACUGAUCGAGCCACCUUCGAGGGCCUCCAUGUGGAGGUAUGGCUUCGACACACCUCACGAUUAUAACGAUCAUGAGUGCUAUUGCGGAGGGUUUACUAGACAGUGGCAGCGGAACAAAGGAAACUGCGGUAUCUGCGGUGAUCCUUGGGAUUCUCCAACACCACGAGCUCAUGAAACAGGUGGUAAGUACGGGAAUAGUGUGAUUGUCCGGCGUUACAGGACCGGAUCCGUUAUACCGGUCCGUGUGGAGCUGACGGCGAAUCAUCAUGGCUAUUUUGAGUUUCGCACUUGCGCCAUGAUUUAUCGGGAUCGAGAAGUCAGCCAGGAGUGUCUGGAUCAGCAUUUGUUACGUGCCGAGAAUGGAUCCGCCCGCUACUAUCCCGGUCCUGGCAAUCGGGUCUUCGAAGGCUACUUCAAAUUACCGGAGGGCCUGACCUGCGCUCAAUGCGUUUUCCAAUGGCGAUACAUCGCCGGCAAUAACUGGGGUGAUUGCGGUAAUGGUACUGGAGCGGUUGGAUGUGGGCCUCAGGAAGAGUUUCGAGCCUGUGCCGAUAUCACCAUCGGCGACAAUGAGGCGGCAUUACCAAAACUACCGAAACAGCCCACUACAACUCCCACUUCUACGGGGAUAUCGCCAACGGACACGAAUUCACUGCCGAAAUCCACCGGGCCAUAUUGGCUGUUCAGUGUUGUUAUUGCUGGUACGUGCCUGCUGGUGGUGCUGGCCGCUAUGGCAUUGCUUUACACGUAUUACUAUCACGCCGGCAGAGCCAAAAAGUGGCUUAUGGCAAGGAGAUUUCUGGUGCAGGAAAGUCCACCAGUUGCCCCGCCAAGGCACAAAAAGCAUCAUCACGUAUCGCAGCUGCAGCUGUAGAAUUCUUUACUUGUCAGUAUCGCACUUUGGCGCAUUAUUACAAUUCGAAGAAUUUUUCGAGCCGACUAUAAUGAAUCAAAGCGCGAUAUUCUCGUAACGCUUGAAAUAUAAUUCUUCCCAACGCCGAAGUCAGAUCUCGAUGAUAAAGAGUGGGAGCAAUUGUAUCUCGAGCGAUAUAUCUCGUACUUGGCACUCGCUCCUGUAUAUACAUAUCAUAAUUCUUUUAUAUAUUAAAAGUAUUUAUUUUACAUUUUACAUAUCUUGCGAUAUAUAUUCGUGACAUGAUCACGUACAAGGAUCGAUGUGUAUUAACAACAGUUUUGAUACAUAAUCUCUACAAUGCUGUUAUUAGUACAAUAAUUUUAGUAGCUUUCUCCAAGUUGUAUACACCUCUUUUACAUACCUCUUGAUACCGCAAAAUGCUUUAGAAAAUGUGCACUUGUAUGCAUAAGAAAAACUUUUUACAUUCUUACGUAGUGCAUCGAAAAAA